UUUUAUUUCUAAUAGCUCUUUUUAGUAUUUUAUCUGUUUUCAAAUUUGCCAGUGUAGUGUUUGAUUUCGCGAAAGUGGCAUCUCACGUCUAAAAAGUUAAGCAGCGUAGAUAAAUUGAGGUUUUUUUUGCGUUCUCCUUAGGGAUUAGCCUGACUAACCCAUUCCUAGUUCCAUUUUUUCACCUUGGUUAAAUCAUCAUUCCUGAAGUAUCAUUAGUUUAGCUUAAGCACUUGUGCUGUCAGAGUAUAGGAGAGGUGCUGCAGAUCCAGACACAAAAACGCAGAUCGAAAGAGCCAGAAAAGGCUAAAUUGUUUCGCAAAAAAUCGUUUGGAAAAAGUGCAAUCUUGUUCUGCUGACCAACAUCAAGUGCAUCUCAGUGUGAAAACCAAUCUCGAAAGGAAAGUUUGAAAGUCGCGUAAAAGGUCCGAUUAUAGUGCUUGAAUUGGUGCGAAUUUUACAGUGGAUUAAGUUAAGUACGGUGUCUCACCGUGUUGGUAGCGCAGCUGAAUAGAGCCCAAUUGUCGGACCCCAACGCACACAUACAGCUCACAUAGACACGCAAAAUUUCCUUUAUGAAUAUUGCUGUCUCAUUCGAUCGGCACUCGAUCGCGUUCAUCUACUGACGGAGUUAAAAAACACAGCGGAUUGUGACGACGGUGACGUGUUGUGUGUUUGAAAGUUCGCCGAAGUUAGACGUGGCGUUGAUCGAGCACAAGCGCAGGAAGGCGGCACUCGUCCUCCGUUUGCAUCAGUCGUCGUACCGCCACACCGCCGGUGGUUUGGCAAGCAGCAGCCGUCGUUCCAACAACCCCCCGCGCACGUGUCGUGUGUCGUCAAGACAGAUUCUUCGGAUUGUUGCGGUUUCAGUACCGGCCAAGCAAUUGAACCGACCGGAGCAAAACGGACUGCAGUUGGGCAGUACGGUGCGGCGAUGGCGUCAACGCUGAUGUUCUGGAACAAGCAGAACUCCAACAGUCAGAACGGAAACGAUGCUAAGAACACAAAGAACGGCCGCAAUUGGCUGCACGCGCCCGAUGUUCUGGUCAACGGUCAUGUUGCCUAUCUAGUCAAAUUUCUCGGAAGCACGCCCGUUGAGCAAGCGAAAGGAAUCGAAGUGGUGAAAGAGGCCAUCCGGAGGUUGCAGUUUACCCAGCAAAUGAAAAAAGCAGAAGGUGGAAGCAAUGUGAAAACAAAGAAGGUUGAAAUUACCGUCAGUGUGGACGGUGUGGCGAUACAGGAACCACGCACCCAAACGAUCCUGCAUCAGUUCCCGCUGCACAAAAUUUCCUACUGCGCCGACGAAAAGGGGGUGAAAAAAUUCUUCAGCUUCAUUGCCAAAACCGGGGCGUCAACGGCGACGACGCCAUCGCUGAGUGCCGCCAGUGACGACACCCACUCGUCCCACUCAACCGAUCAGGACGGGCAGCACGAGUGCUUUGUGUUUAUCUCGAACAAACUCGCGUCCGACAUCACGCUUACGAUCGGGCAGGCAUUUGAUCUGGCUUACAGGCGCUACGUGAGCGACAGUGGCAAAUCGGUCGAGACGACGAAACUGCAAAGCCAGAACAAACAGCUCGAGAACACGAUCAACGCGUACCGCCAGCGCCUGAAGGACCUGUCCGAGCUGGUGCCAAAGUCGGACUUGGACAAGCUGCUGUUGAGGCUCGGGCUGCGGGAUAUUUGCGAAGUGCCAGCGCUGGAGAACGGUAUCGACAGUCAUCAUCACGUGACCACCGUUAACGGUAGCAAGACACCCGAUCUGGGCAUUGAUGUAUCGUUACCAAACAACGACGAUCAGCUGCUGAUCGAAACGUCGCCGAAGCAUUUUGCGCCGAUUGUCCCACCGCGGAACAUUCAAAAUCAGAUCAACAGCACACUGGAAGCGUUCAAGCCUUCGGUCGGUACGAAAAUGGAAGGUUUGCUGCUUAACUCGGACUCGGAUAGUGAUUUUGACCCGAGGGCUCCGGACAACGAUAGCCCAUCGAUCGGUGGCAACAAAAUAAGCAACGAUUUGUUUGGAUUCGAACCACCGAAACAGAGUGUCGGUCAGCAGCUGUUCAGCAGUAAUAAUAGCCACAAUAGUUUCACCAACGGUAAUACUGGAACUAGCAAUGGAUUUGGUGCUCCUACAAGUCCUCCUCCAAUUUUGGCUCCUCCACCACAAAAAUCUGCCCCACGAAGGACAACCUCAGCGCACCAGAACAGUGGAAUGGCCAACGGUAAUGGCUAUCAGGAUUUAUUUGGAUCGGCACCAUUCAAUCCCCAGGCGUGCGAUGAAACUUCGUUCGAUAGUUCCACCGGAGAUGCCUCAUUCACAUCGAACGCGAAUCUCUCAGCUCAUCCUAGCAGCUCGUUCACCGAAGAAGUCAAAGGUUUCGCCAACAAAAUGGACAGCGUGCUUGCGCUAAACAACGCCUACAAUACACACAACACCUCCCACGGUUUGAUCUCGCCUCCACCCGUCGCCAGUACCCAGCAUUCCAAUCCAUUCGCAACGCUGGUGGCACCAACUAAGAACAUCCUACGUACCAACCCGCUGGCCAGCGUCAGACAUAACGCCGCCCCGUACGACGUAUUCCAGAAUGCUUCGGACGAAGAACCUCUUUCCGGUAGUAUUUCGAACUCGUUUUCAUCUGGCACCGUUCACAACAUCAGUACUAGCACGCAGCCGCAGCCAAACCCGGCACCGGAACUGACUAAUUCGGAUGCACUCUUUCAAGAUUUUGCUUUAUCGGCUUUCAAUGAGUUUAAGAGAGAUUUAAGCAACACCAGCAACCGUCCCCGGCGAAACGAUCCCAACGGCGGUUUGCAGUUCAAUAGUGGGAAACGGUCGUCGGCGAUGGUCUCGAAAGAAUUUGGUAGUUUCAAUAGCGCAGCAGCACCUCUACUCAGCACCGGUCCACAGGCACAGUUUCACCAGAAGACCACAUCGAAAAACGGCUUAUUUAGCUCGGACGACCUGCUGGAUACGUUCGACCCGCUCAAGAAGUGAUAGAGUGCCGAACGAGUGCGAUGCCGCCUUUGAAUGCCAGGAAGCGUUCUCCCGCUAGAGGUGUCCUUCAAUACAAUUUUUUUUUUUUGGUUUUUGUUUUGUUAAUUUCCUUUUCUUCGAUUCAGUCUUAAUUCUGCUGGUUUGAAUAAGAGAGAAAGAAAGUGAAAAAAAGUCCACAGCCCGAGAAAAAAAAGAAUGAUUUAUAUAGCAGGAUGUUUUUGUUGUUACACAGAGAAUCUCUAUACGCAAAAUACGCAAGCAACAUACACGAAACCAGCGAGGUAACAUAAUUAGUCUCUUUUUAUCCCCAGAGAUCUGAAACGAUGAUUGAACGAGAGUGGAUGCGAAAGUUUGUUUACAAUGCAAUGCUUUUUGUUUUACUAGGGAAAACUAUUGAAACUGAAAAUUAGAAGAGUAGAAAGGCGUCCCCAUUAGUAGAUAGUGCGGUGAGAAAAAUAAUUUUGUAAUUCAAUUCUGCAAGGUAGGAAAGGAUCAAGUUAAAGUAUUAAAAUCAAUUGUCAGAAAUAAAAAUCUCUGCUUACAUCGGUAGGUUUACAUUUAUGUAUGUUGUAUUUUAUAUGUUUUUUAUCCCCGAAUAGUUGGGAUAUUUGUAUGUAUAACGUAUGAAGAAAAUGAUGCAUUCCAUUGAAUAUAUUCAGUUUAUAUCGGAUGCAAGUUGCCGUAUCAUGACUUGCACUGGGCAUGAAAGCUUCAAAGCAGUGCUCUCUAUCGACGAUUAGCGAAACACAUUUGGCUCUAGUAGGCGCUGAUGGUGCUGCGGAAAAAUUUGGUACUUUUUCGAUUGGUGUUGCUUUGGAAACCCCGCUAUUUCGGAAUCCAAACCCGGACCAACCAUUUCCGACUUUACUUUAAAUUUUCUUACGUACAGUGAUUAGAGGUACGCUUCACGUGCGUAACUGGUUUUCCCGUUCAAUCUAACCUGCACUCAAAAAUGCCCCCGCCCCAAUUGGUUUGCAUCCAACUGUGGAACUCUGUGGUGAAGAUUACAACAUAGUGAAAGGUUUUGUUAGGAAUAGUAAUCAAGUAUUUUCCCCUUUUCUUUUGUACUAAAUGGAACAAACAAACAGAACGUAAUAUGGACAUGUAAUUUUGAUAGAACAUAUAUAUUAAUAUAAUAUUUAGAUAUACAAUGUGCGCAAUAAACAACUAUAAAACUGUAUCAAAUAAAUAUUACCUGUAGAUUCAUUGUUAUUCUAGUUUUAGUUUC